GGCAGAAAGAGCAGUGUGAGGGUUCAGACACCCGUAUAUAAAGAGUAGCUCGCACUGCGGGGGCAUGUUCUCCAAUAAGACUGACGGACCGCGUCGAGGACGCUCUUUUGACUCCAUCAACAAGUAUUAUGAGGAGAAGCAGCUCAACAAUGAGUUGAACAAAUCGACAUUUAACAAUGCUGAUGAGCACCAAGACAAGAUCCUGCCCUCCAAGAGAGAACAUGCAGCGAUUAUCUUUUCCCUGAAGAAUGAAGUUGGUAACCUUGUAAAAGCUUUAAAACUUUUUCAGGAAAACCAGGUCAACCUUUUGCACAUUGAGUCGCGCAAGUCCAGGAGGAGUAACUCGGAGCUGGAAGUGUUGGUGGACUGUGACAGUGAGCGAGAGACCCUGAAGGAAAUCAUCCAGUUGCUGAAAAAGCAAACUAGCGGUGUCACCAUGGACUCACCUGAAAAGCUCUGCUCUGCUGAAGAUGAUUUUUCUGAAGAACGCUGGUUCCCCAGGAAGAUUUCUGAUCUUGACAAGUGUGCUAACCGUGUUCUGAUGUACGGCUCCGCCCUGGACGCUGAUCAUCCUGGAUUCAAAGACAAUGUGUACCGGAAGAGAAGGAAAUAUUUCGCUGACCUUGCAAUGAACUAUAAGCAUGGAGACCCGAUUCCGCGUGUGGAGUUCACGGAGGAAGAAGUGAGGACGUGGGGGGUGGUGUUUAGGGAGCUGAAUAAGCUGUACCCCUCGCACGCAUGCAGGGAGUACCUGCGCAACCUGCCUCUGCUCUCCCAGCACUGCGGAUACAGAGAGGACAACAUCCCUCAGCUGGAGGACGUGUCGCGCUUCCUCAAGGAGCGAACAGGUUUUACAAUCCGUCCAGUAGCUGGAUACUUGUCUCCUCGUGAUUUCCUGGCUGGACUGGCCUUCAGAGUGUUCCACUGUACUCAGUAUGUUCGCCACAGUUCAGCCCCUCUCUACACACCUGAGCCGGACACGUGUCAUGAGCUGCUGGGUCAUGUGCCACUGCUGGCAGAGCCCAGCUUUGCUCAGUUCUCUCAGGAGUUAGGUCUGGCUUCUCUGGGGGCAUCUGAUGAUGCUGUGCAGAAACUGGCAACUUGCUACUUCUUUACAGUGGAAUUUGGCCUGUGUAAACAAGAGGGUAAACUCAGAGCAUACGGGGCUGGACUUCUCUCCUCUAUCAGCGAACUUCAGCAUGCGCUCUCUGGAAGUGCCAAAAUCCUGCCUUUUGAGCCCAAAGUCACAUGCAGGCAGGAGUGUCUGAUCACUACCUUUCAGGAGGUCUACUUCAUGUCUGAGAGCUUUGAGGAGGCCAAGAUGAGAAUGAGGGAGUUUGCUAAGACGAUCCGGCGCCCGUUUACCGUGCGCUACAACCCAUACACACAGAGCGUAUGUGUGCUGAAGGACAUGCCCAGCAUCAACAGUGUAGUGGAGGAGCUCCGACAUGAGCUGGACAUUGUGGGAGACGCACUACAUCGACUCAACAAACACCUGGGCAUCUGACACCAUCACACACUGGACUGCAGUCUGACAUUCUCAACCUAACUACUAAACGCCAUUAAAUCUUUUAGCACUGCUGUAUGUAAAUACCAAAAUCAUUCACUGCUGUUUAAAUACAGUUAUCAUUACUAAUCACUGCCAUGAUUCGAAAGCAUUAUUUAGGUACUGAAUCAGAAAAUCAAUGCUGAUUAACCCCUUAAAUGACCAGGAGGCUAGUCCAAAGUUUUACUAUAAAUUUCCAUAACUUAAGAAUAACUCAGACAGAUUGCAUUGUAGUCCAGGUAGUUACAUAAUAAUAAUUAUUAUGUGCCAAGCCUGGAGUUUUAAGGGGUUAAAUACUGCUAGUCCCAGCACUACACAAUUUAGUGCUAAUAAAUACUCUCCAGUAAACUGCACAUUUAUCUGUGUGGCUAACAGUCAUCAUCAGUAGAGGCCAUUAAAAGGAAAUUUCACUGAUCUUUUCACAAUUACUGCAUAAUUUAGUGGUUGAGAUGCAAACAGAGUGGUUUGAUGUGAGAAGCUUAGUUCUAGAGAAAUUCACCAUUAUAAAAUCAUAAAACAAUCUCACCAAGCAGGGUAUUCAUAACCAUUUCAUGUAACAACUUCAUGUGAGGUAGCUUUUAGAGACAUUAAAUGCUUCAGAUAUCUGGUUUCCUAUCACGUUCACGGGGAGCAAUUCUGACUGGGUACAUUCCUCUAGAGCAGAGCAUUUCACAUCCAGCCAUUCUGAAUGACUGUUUACAUAUUAUCCAUUUAAUUAUGCAAAAAUUUUGAUUGUGGAAGCCUAACACCUUUUGGUCAUCUCAUUUUAUCUAUCAAUCAUAGAACUGUGCAUUUUUAAAGUAAUAAUUUAUUGUAUUUGGAUGAAAAGAUAUGAUUAUUCUUUUUUCAGGAUGCCUCUGUCACUCAAAAGAUUUCCUUAAAGAGCCCAUUCUCAUGUAUUUGUGAAUAUGUAUUGCUAAAUGCAUUCCAGUAUGAUACAGUGAACCCUGAUGUCCUUAAUGAAGUGAGAAAAAUUAUAAAAAAAAAAAGUAUUGAUAUAUUAUUGGAGAGCAAUCAUUCAGCUUACAUAAUUAUGUUAAGGACAAUAUUAAAAUGAAAUAAAAUCACUUGAAAGCCUUUAUGGAUUAGGUUUGUUUGCAUUGCAAUGCCUGGCUUCCAUCAAACAAGUUGCACUUUAACCAGAGAUUUUUUAGCUCUG